ACCGUGCUCCACCAAAAACCCCUUAUUUUUCUCUCCUCCACAUAUUAGCGUCACACCACAAUCAAUUAAACUUCAAUCUUUGCUCUGAACCAGAUUAGUAUAUUCUUGGAAGAAAGAUAUUUAGAAGAAGAAAAGCAAAAGAGUAGGAGAAGGAGAAGAUUAUGCUCACAUACAUUUAACUAACUAAAACUUCAUUAAUUCUCAUAUUUAUAUUUUGCCUACUCAGGUAGUUUAAAAACUUCUGCCUUCAAUUUCGGAGGGGUUACCAUUAUUUCCACAGCUAUAUUUCCCCUCGCACCCCACCCCCAACCCCACCAAAAUCUCUGAUGCCUCUCUCCUCUCACCAAGGCCGACGACUGCCAUUUCCUCCACCACCCACCAAAAUCUCUGAUGCCUCUCUCCUCUCACCAAGGCCGACGACUGCCAUUUCCUCCACCACCCACCAAAAUCUCUGGUGGGGUUCUUUAAUUUUUGAAUAGUUUUGGGGAGAAAAAUCUUAUUUUUCAGAUUAUGACAAAACAGAUAGUCCUCCGUGCACCGUCAUCACUUUCGGUGGACCGGCGGCGGCAGCCACUGUUAUCGGGCCAAGAUUCAUAUUCACGAGGUGGGGUUCGGAAGGCGGCGCGGUUCGCGGAGGUCGCCGGCGGAACGACGGCUGAAUGUGCAGCGGUUUGUUGCUGUUGCCCUUGCGGGCUAGUGAAUCUCCUCGUGCUAGCUGUGUAUAAGUUGCCAGCGGGACUUUGCCGGAAGGCACUGAGGAGGAAACGCCGACGUCGGCUGAUGAAGAAAGGGCUUUUGGUGCGCUCUGAAGACACGGAGCUUUCAAAACACCCCAUCGGCACCACCCCGCUCGCAAUGCUUGACGACGGAAACAGCUUGGAAUCCGAUAAGGAUGUGGUGGCGCUAGAGAAGGAAAUGUGGAACAAGUUUUAUGGUGCUGGAUUUUGGAGAAGUCCCUCUCAACGGAGUGACAACAUGGAAACAAUGGUAAAUAAAUUGUAAAAAAAAUUAAGGAGAAAAAGCGGAAUUUAAAAAAAAAGAAGAAAGGAAGACCAAAAAAAAGAUAAUGAAAUUCAAUGUAUAUUCGCCCUAUUUUCUACUGGUGAAUCUUUUAGUUUUCUUGAAGAUACUAUUUUACAGUGUUGGAUCGAUUACUUUAUAAAAUUAAGCCAGUGAAAUGGAAAUGUUCUUCUUGCUUCUC